UAGGGAGCCAGGGAGCGGUGGGAUGGGAUACGGACUGCGCUCAAGAAUCGCUUUUGCGGCUGGAAACCAAGCGAGAGGAAUGUGGCAACCGCAGCCUCACGCCUUCAAUUCUUGCCUUCCCUGCUCAGGAGGGUGAAGGGGGGCCUUGAUUCCCAGUGGCGGGGGUGUGCAGUGAGUAGGUCGGCCGCUCUGCACCUAUCUCUGCCCGGAGUCCCGAGGCGCUGGCCACGGUGCUGAAAGCAGUGCUCUCGGAGGAGGGAGGGAGGAGGAGCCGGGCCGCGCGAAGGGGGCGGAGCUCUCUGGUGCUCUCAGCUGGCAUUGGGGGCGGGGCAGGGCGGCGCCAGCAGGCCCGAGACCACGGCGGGUUUGAGAGGAGGUAGGAGACAGGAGACAGCCCGGCUAGAGCAAGAGGGGACACAGGCACCUGGACAAGCUUCCCCUGAAGAGGCCAAGGUCAUCUCCCCUGUCCUAUUAGUCCUCUUUUUUCUACCUUGGAGGGAGCCUUACCUUGUGCCCUGACCUCCGCCUUCUCUCCAAACCUGGCUGAGGGGUGACCCACUUCCGGGCCUCCAUCCAUCCGCAAAGCCACUUCCAGCCCACAAGUCCCCAGCCCAGGACCCAGUGCCCUCACCAUGGUGAAGUUGCUGCCUGCCCAGGAGGCAGCCAGGAUCUACCAUACCAACUAUGUGCGGAACUCGAGGGCCGUAGGUGUGAUGUGGGGCACACUCACCAUCUGCUUCUCCGUGCUGGUCAUGGCGCUCUUCAUCCAGCCCUACUGGAUAGGUGACAGCGUCAGCACACCCCAGGCAGGCUACUUUGGCCUUUUCUCCUACUGCGUGGGCAACGUGCUGUCGUCUGAGCUUAUCUGCAAGGGUGGCCCGCUGGACUUCUCCUCCAUCCCCUCUAGAGCCUUCAAGACUGCCAUGUUCUUUGUGGCCUUGGCCAUGUUCCUCAUCAUCGGCUCCAUCAUCUGCUUCAGCCUGUUCUUUGUCUGCAACACGGCCACUGUCUACAAGAUCUGCGCAUGGAUGCAGCUGGCUGCGGCCACAGGCCUGAUGAUUGGCUGCCUGGUCUACCCAGAUGGUUGGGACUCAAGUGAGGUACGGCGCAUGUGCGGGGAGCAGACCGGCAAAUACACACUGGGCCACUGCACCAUCCGCUGGGCCUUCAUGCUGGCCAUCCUCAGCAUUGGAGACGCCCUCAUCCUCUCCUUCCUGGCCUUUGUGCUGGGCUACCGCCAGGACAAGCUGCUCCCUGACGACUAUAAGGCCGAUGGACAAGAGGAAGCCUGAAGCAACAGGAGUGUUGGUCAUCUAUUUCCCUGACAAUGGAAAAUGAGGGAAUCAAAUUCUUCAGAAACAGAAACUUGUUCCUUCCAUGCUUCCCUGUAUCUGCUGCUCUAGGCCUGAAAUCCUGAAGCCUUUCAUUAUAGGAUGCCAAUCUCCUGAGACAAGACCUCUUACUGUAUCGGGAAAACUCCAGCAAGGAAGAACUACAGUGACCACAUACAAGAUAUUCAGAGACACGUGUUUAACUCUCCUGACUGGGGACCCACUUUCUCUUCCUAUCCUUUCACACCAGCAAAUUGCUUUACCCUCUUGAGGCCUCUCCGUAAAAUGAGAGCAGGAUGAGUCUAUGUCUAGGGGCCUCCCAGGUGAGUCCCUAACAGUCUAAUUCACUGAGGAUACUUGUUUGAAAGCACCCAGAAAUUAACACCCAGCUCUGAGAGGGCGAUGAAGAAGAGGUGGCUGUAAGCAUGCUGGAUCAUUUCAGGUUGAGGUUUAGGGAGUCCUUUGCUUUUUUCUUUUCAGGUUGUUUUCUUAUUGAUGCUCAGAGAUGGGUAAGGAACAGAAAGGUCACCGGAACCUGAGUCCAUCAGGAUUGGGUGACUUUAGGAUCUAAAAACUUUCGAGACUAAAUUCUUUUUUCCCUUUGGAACCCAAAAUCACAUUUUUUCAGUGUCCACACUGACCCAAUCAGAAUGGGUUACCAGUUUUGGAAAGUUGUUACUUGUGGCCAGGUAAUUUGUUAGAGUAAUAGAUGAACUCUCCUGUAAAAAAAACAACUUUGGACUUGGUACAUUAAAUGGGGAAUCUUUUACCAGUCUCUAGAGGGGAACUCAGUUUAGGUAAUACCUCACUGUAGCAAAUGCCAAGACAAAGAUUAGAUUCUUUAGGCGGUUCCCUGCCCUAAGGAUGGUAUGUAUUGCAAUAGAAACAGGGUUUUGUUGAUUAUCUGCAGUGAAUGAUCCAGGAAGAACAGUGCUUUUUUCUGGUCUUUUGCCUGUUUGCUCAGUAAAGAGAAAACGUGGGUGCUGUUUUCUCACAGGUAGAAAGUGGGUAAAUGUCGAACAAAACCAUAAUGGAUCUUGUUGCUUGAUCAACCAGCAGUGACACGGAAAACAGGCUUCUUAUUCUGGGCUGCAGGGAUUAUUCAGAGUGCACUGGUUUAAAAGAUGCCUUUUAACCAGUGCACUCUUGACAACCUGCCCAGUCAGUGCAGUGUUUCUUCUCCAGUUCAGAUAGGCUAGGUAUGAGUAUCCCAGCAUUGUCCCAGUUGAUGAGGGGGACUAUUAGAAUGGGAUUUAAGAAUGAUCACUUUCAUGUUUUCUUGUGCUGAUAAAAUUAUUUCAUUGUCAGGCAUCUACUUUAUGCAAGCUUUUAUUUUUUAUUUUUAUUUUUGGUUGCGCGGCUUGUGGGAUCUUAGUUCCAUGACCAGGGAUCAAACCUGGGCCGACGGCAGUAAAAGAGGUCUUAACCACUGGACCGCCAGGGAAUUCCCUAUGCAAGCUUGAUGAACGGAUGAGUGACAGAAUUUGGCCAAUUCUGUAGCUUUGUGACUUUUCUAGAUAGAUUUGUUCAGUUAUUUCUUGUAAUUUUACUUUUUAUAAAAGGCAAAAGAAAAAUUUCUAAAAGCCUCCCUAACUUCAAAAUAUUUCUCACUGAAAUGGCAACCAUGGUGGUCCACAGAAGUUUCUGGGGGGCUUAAGGUGCAUCUGCCAAUAGCCUACACUUUGCUCUCAAGAACAGUGAGUUUCACCAAAGCAGGAGUGUAUGUUUACUAAUGACCUGUGCUGGGGACAAUCUUAAAUCUGUUUGAGUCACAGGACUCAGCGUUUCACCUUUUGCUUUAUCUUCAAGGAAACUCAGAAUUCAACCUCUCCAAUAAAGUAAUGAUUUUGGCUGACACUUAACAACUGCUUAUCAGCCCUUUUCAAGUGGCUUUACCUUUAAAUUCUUAAAGAUGCUUCAAAUAUCAUCUUGGAAAGUAUACAGAAAAAUUAAUACAACCAGCACUCCUCUAAACCAAGUUGAGUUACUCUACUCCUUCCUCUGCCUUGUGCUGGAGCACAGGAAUGGUUGUGAUGCCCAAGCUUUACCAGUGACUAGCACUGAGCAGGUCAAGAGAGGUAAGAAGGCCUUAUCAUUUACAUCUGAAAUGUGAACCAGAAGGGUGUCUUUCCUAAAUGCUUUCAUUAUCUUGCAUCUCUGUAUUAGUUACCUGUUGCUGCAUAACAAAUUACCCCUCGACUCAGUGGCUUAAAACAUUUCAGUUUCUGUGGGUUAGGAAUCAGCAAGGCUUAGCUAGGUGUCUCUGCCUCAGCUAGGUGUCUCUGCCCCAAGGCUUCUCACAGGGCUGCAAUUAAGGUGUUGGAUCUGCUUCCAAGCUCAGUGGUUGUCUGCAGGACUCAACUUCUCACAGGUUGUUGGGCCGAAGGCCUGAGUUCCUUGCUGGCUGAGGGCCUCUCCAAAGGGCUAUUCACCUGGCAACUUGCUUCCCCAGAGCAAGUCUUCCAAGACAGAGCAAGAGCAGGUGCACAGACGGAAGCACCCUUUGUAACCAAAUCUAAGUGACAUCCUGCUACUUUUGCCUUAAUCUGAUUGUUAGAACCACCACAAAGUCCAGCCCACGUUAAAGGUGAGGGAAUUGCACAAGUGUGUGAAUACCAGGAGGUGAGAAUCAUUGGAGUAUUUUAAAAAGUUGUUUCUCAUAGUUAUUUGUAAUUAAUUUUCUGCUUAAAUGGGCAUUUACUAGAAUGCUUUACUGGAACAAAGAUUAGAUUCUAGUAACCGUACAUGCUGAUGGAUACAUGUUUGUUUUGUAACAAAUUGCUGAAGAUGAAGGGCCCUAACCCUCAAACUCACCCCACUUUUGCUAUCUAACUUCAAGUAUUUAUAGUAGGGUCCACUAAUUUCCAACACUGACCAUACUUUCCUCUAUAUUUAGUAAAUCCAAAGCAACCAAUGAAAUGUCGUAAGGGCACAACUUCUAUGAACAUAGCUCAAAUUGCAGGCAGCUGAUACACUGAUACCAACCCAGUUCUGCCAAAUGGGAGGGCAAGGCUUGUUACUGUAUUAUAAUGGGCAACAACUAGAUAUGAAUUAAGGACAAAAGAGAAGAUUAUAAAAAAUUGAACCUGGGAGGAUAUAAAAUCAGAUUGAUCAUCUAUGUAGUGAAAACCCUCAUCCCUUUACAAGGAGUGGUACAGUCAGUAACAGAGUAGGUACUAAUGUAAACUUACUUAGUUAAAACUUCUAAACACAAAAUGAUCUCAAAUAUUGUUUUUUUUUUAACUGAGAUAUUUCUGAUAUCAUAAGGACUUGGUGUGGAUAAAUAUUUGCACAAGGACUUAAAAGACAAAUGCUUAUCACUUGUUUUAAAAUUCCACCUUUUAAAAACAAGACUAAAGUGACAUAAAAACAAACUUCCUCCUCAGUAGGUCUCAAGAUUCAUAUAUAUUAUCUUUAUAUAAGUUUAGAUAUUAUCUUUUCAUAUUGCUUUGAAGACUGAGAAAGAGCUGUAAAUUAUCAAUGCUUUGCUAACUCCAACGGCACCAAAUUGGUGGGCAAAACACAAAGGACUGUUGAAACUUCUCUGGUGUCCUAAGACCUUAUUUACAGAGUAAAUAUAAGUUCAGAUUCUAUUAUCAAUAAAUCAUCAAUUUUUUGUGAUACUCUAAGAGCAAAUCACUUUCCUUAUAAGGCCAAACUGGAAGACUCUACAGGCGUCAAAAAUAAAACAAUGAGCAGUGAUGAAGUCGAUUUGUAACCUGGGCAGGCUCUGGAGCAGCUAAAUGGUCUCCCUGUGGACACUCAGGGCUGUAACUCCACCUCAGUUUGACAGUUAUUUUGAGAUAGCUACAAGCUCCCUUAGAACUUAAGUUUUCCAAAACCCUCAGAGUUCAAGGUCCAUACAUUUAACACAAAGCUUAGAGAAACUGCCUAAGUUCAUCAGUCUGAUGAACAUACUGGUUUGAUGAAUUCCAAUUUAAUUUUUUUUGGUUGUCUUUUUAAACAGGUUACAUUCUAGUCAACACUACAGUAUGAACACACUACAUAUGUCUUAAGCAUGGCUCAAUUAAAACAAACAGAAAAAAACCAGUUUAUGUAGUUCAGGGCUGGAGGACUUUUUAUGAAUAACAUUAAAAAUACCAUAAAUAGGAACUUCCCUGGUGGCACAGUGGUUGAGAGUUUGCCUGCCAAUGCAGGGGACAUGGGUUCGAUCCCUGGUCCGGGAAGAUCCCACAUGCCACGGAGCAACUGAGCCUGUGCUCUAGAGCCUGCAAGCCACAACUACUGAGCCCGUGCACCACAACUACUGAAGCCCAUGCGCCCUAGAGCCCACACACAACUACUUAAGCCCACACGCUCUAGGGCCCACAUGCCACAACUACUGAGCCCGCGCACCUAGAGCUCGUGCUCCGCAACGAGAAGCCUGCACACAGCAACUAGAGAAAUGCCUGUGUGCAGCAACAAAGACCCAGCACAGCCCAGAAAUACCACAGAUAAAAAUGAAAGGCAAAUUAAAAACUGGAAAAUGUGAUGGAAAAAUGACAAAGAUGUUACCAAAUCAUCAAACAGGGAAGCAUGCCAAAAGAAAGCUGGGUAAUUGUAGGCUAAUAACCCAAAACUACAAAUGGCCAAUAAAACCCAAGAAACAAGCUUUUGACUUCACUAGUCAUCUAAUAUGCAAAUUAAAACAAGAGAUUCCCCUUUUGGGGCAAUCAAACUGGCUAUUAGGAAUAAAAUGAGUGAGAUUACAAUAGGCCCAUUCAAAUACUGUUGGUCAUAGCAAAACAGUUCAACUGUUCUCCACGUAAGUUAGGGAACAUUUAUUAAAAGCCUUAAAAACGUGCUUACUCUCUGCCCCAGCCAUUCCAUUUCUAAGAAUUUAUACUGAGGGGUGAAUGAGACAAGUAUAUGAAAACUUGUGUAUAAUAGUGGUCAUCAGUCCAGUGCCUUUGAGUUCACAAAACUUUUGACAUUUUGCACUUUGUGAUCUGUGGGGGAAAACCCCCCACAAAUACUGCAAAAAUGGUAUCAAAUGUAGGGAAUAACAAUUUUCUUAGAAUUUACCAAAAUGUACUUUGUUAAAUCCCACCCCAUGCCCAAUUUAAAGAUAGAAGCAAAGCUACAAACCCCCCAAAAUGGCAUGUGUUUAAGUUACACAGUUUCAUGGCAUAUUUAAAUUCAAAAAGCAACUCAACCAAUCCUUUCCUCCAUUCUGAAGCUAGGUCAGAUCAACUUGGGCAACAAAUAAACAGAAAUCUCCUGGAAACAUGUAGGUUAUUAAAUAAUUUGUUUAUUGUACUGCAUUUACAAAGAAAACAGACAAUGCAACCAGUAGAAAGAAUAAAAAUGUGUUUGGGGUUUUAUUUUUUACUGACAGCAAAUAGAAAUCCUUUAGUGAGAUCCUGGCAAUUUGACAUUAUGAUUGAGUUCAGGAAAGGUAGAUGGGGUGCUUGGAAGAUCAAAUUCUACAGCUGCCUCUUUCUACGGCUUUUAAUUCAUCUGGCUCCUUAAGUGAUAGAGGAAAAGCCCUUGUUUGGUGGGAAAACAUUUCCAAAAAGUUACAGGUUCUCUCUUAUUAAAAUUUCUCUUCAUGUCAGUUGUUAAAACAGGGCCUUCUAUUUGUGUGUGUUUGGUUAGUUCACCUUAAUGUCAUCACCAGAAUCCCUGUAAUUCCACAAUUGUGAUUUUACAGCAUAGAAAAGAAUUCAGUUCUAGUCUGGUAUUGCUUUAGAUGUAUAUAUCGCUGAAAACCCAAAGUGGAUUAGAAUUGCUGAAGGAUUUUCCCUGCCGUUGUUUGAUACAAUCUAUUUUCUUUAUUCUUGAUAGGUGCAUAGAACAGCCUCACUUCAAAUUCUUUCUACAGGAACAUGUCUGAUUUCAGAACUAUCCAUCAAGGAUCGAUGAAUGGCUGGCCAGUUAUUCAGGGUAAUAUGUUUACGAGUUAAAUGGAUUGCAUAAUUGCACCACUUUUUCCUUUGCCUUUGUUGGUAGAUAAAUGACAGAAUCUAGAUUCCAAUCUCCUGUAAAGGAAGUUGGCUACCUAACAGUCUCAUCGGUGCUUUGCUAGUAGAGCCUCAAGUUGCACCUCCUCGGCUUUCUGUAAAUCAGAGUCCUGUAGCCGCUUCUGGAGAAUGCUGUAAUCCCCAAGGCCCACUUGGUCCGUGCAGAACAAGCAGCUGUGACCCCAAUCCUGUCCCUCUUUUGCUUUUCAAUAUGACCCGAGGAAUAUAUGUAAUGUCUAGGGCAAGUCUAGGAGAGGCCCAUCCUAAAAUAAUAUUCACAACGCCUUUUCUCAUUUAAAAAAAAAAAAAAAAGCCUCAAGUACAUUUCAAUCAUCUCAAAAUUUAAAACUUACAUUAUACAAAGGAAUAGCAGCAGAGAAUGGCUAACCUUAAACCAAACAAAAAGAGAAAAAAACCCCUACAACCCUCAAAAUAAACAAUAAAAAAAAAGUGCCA